GCUGCCCCUGGAGGCUCAGGCAGCGCGGGCUCCGUCUCCAGCCACCGGGUGGGCGAAGGCGAGGCGCGGGGCGUGUGCCUGCCCGCCUCCAUCAUGCCCUCCGUGUCGCCCACGGGGCCCCCGACCACGGCCUCCAACGCCACAGCGACGGUCACGGCGUGGGCCAACCUCAGCGUGCCGGAGCGGCCCCUGUUCCACCUGUUCGCCCUGCUGGACGAGGAGCUCCACGCCACCUUCCCGCGCCUGUGGGUGGCGCUCAUGGUGGUGCACGGCGUCAUCUCCCUGGCGGGGCUGGUGCUCAACGGGCUGGCGCUCUACGUCUUCUGCUGCCGCACGCGGGCCAAGACGCCGUCGGUCAUCUACACCAUCAACCUGGUGGUGACCGACCUGCUGGUGGGCCUGUCCCUGCCCACGCGCUUCGCCGUCUUCUACGGCACGCGGGGCUGCCUGCGCUGCGCCUUCCCGCACGUCUUCGGCUACUUCCUCAACAUGCACUGCUCCGUGCUCUUCCUCACCUGCAUCUGCGUGGACCGCUACCUGGCCAUCGUGCGGCCCGAGGGCGCCCACCGCUGGCGCCAGCCCGCCUGCGCCAGGGCCACGUGCGCCCUCGUGUGGCUGGCGGCGGGCGCCGUGACCCUGUCCGUGCUGGGCGUGGCGGCCGGCGGCGGGCCCUGCUGCCGCAUCUUCGCGCUGACCGUGCUGGAGUUCCUGCUGCCGCUGCUGGUCAUCAGCGUGUUCACCGGCCGCAUCGUGUGCGCGCUGUCGCGGCCGGGCCUGCAGCAGGGCCGCCAGCGCCGCGUGCGGGCCGUGCAGCUGCUGCUCACCGUGCUCGUCAUCUUCCUGGUCUGCUUCACGCCCUUCCACGCGCGCCAGGUGGCCGUGGCGCUGUGGCCCGACCUGCCGGGCAGCUCCAGCCUUGUGGCCUACCACGUGGCCGUGACCCUCAGCAGCCUCAACAGCUGCAUGGACCCCAUCGUCUACUGCUUCGUCACCAGCGGCUUCCAGGCCACCGUCCGCGGCCUCUUCCGCCGGCGUGACACGGAGUGCGAGCCCGGCGUCGGCGACGUGGUCAGCGCGCGCAAGAGCUCCAAGAGCUCGGGCCACUGCCACAUCCUUAGCGCCGGCCCCCGCGCCCUCACACAGGCCCUGACCAACGGGCCUGAGGCGUAGUCUGCAAGGGGGCCAGACGGCAGGCCGGCUCUGCGUGGGUGGCACAUCGGGUUCACCUUGAUCGAUUGGUGAUGGCUGCCCAGAGCCCCAGCGAGAGAUUGCGAGGCCGCUGUGCUUCGGUUGAUUAGCAAUGUCUGCCACAGGCUCCAGGGGGGGUCUGGUGGUCUGAAUGCUGAUUAUUGGCUAGCCCUGGCGUAUAUAUUGUGUCCAUUGAAAACGCAGAGGGGUACCCAGGAAGGAGUGCCUUCUUACCUGGGCCAUUCUGUCCCCAGAAAGAGGUCCUUGGAAAAAGAGACAAAGAUUUUUUUUAGGUACUGGGGACUCCAAGGAGAGUUAAAAAGUCAACUUGAAGAGGUGACCUCCCCACCACC